CGGGGGUUGUAGUUCUCCGGAAGCCCCGCGGAUUCCUCAUUUACAGUUAUGGCGGACAGAAGAAGGCGGCGGAGACGCGCUUCCCAGGACAGCGAGGAGGAAGAGGAGACCGGGAGUGAGAGUGCUGGCUCCGGGGGGGAGGCCAGGCCGCAGCCUCGGCCCGAAACCCGAGAACAACCUCCGAAACGAGUGGUGACCGUGAGAGACGGCAAGGAGUCCGAGUGUGAAAGUGAGGAUGGCAUUGAAGGAGAUGCUGUUUUGUCAGACUAUGAGAGUGCAGAAGAAUCUGAAGAAGAGGAGGAGGCGGUGGCGGCGGCUUGCUUCAGUGAGGAGGAGCCCCUAAAGACAACACUGAAACAGGAAACCAACCCUGCGGAGACAACUCCAGCCCCAAAAGAGGAGAAGUCCAAGACAAAGGAAGGAGUAACGGGGGAGCGGCAGAGUGGGGAUGGACAGGAAAGCACGGAGCCAGAUGAAAAUCAGAGCUCCAGAAAAUCCCAAAAGAAACUGGAUGAUGAUGAAGACAGGAAGAAUCCUGCAUACAUCCCUCGGAAGGGCCUUUUUUUCGAACAUGAUCUGCGUGGACACACUCAUGAUGAGGAAGUUAGACCGAAGGGUCGACACCCUCGCAAACUGUGGAAAGACGAGGGCCGGUGGGAACAUGACCGCUUCCGGGAGGACGAACAAGCCCCUAAGUCACGCGAGGAGCUUGUUGCAUUGUAUGGCUACGACAUUCGAUCCUGCAAAAACCCUGAAGAGAUUCGUCCGCGGCGGCCAAGGAAACCCAGAUUUAGUAGCCCUACCAGGAGAGAGGAGGCAGAUGAGAAACCCAACCGGCCUUCAAACCGUUACCAGGAAACAGACUCUAAUCCUCCACCUCGAUCUUACAGCAAUCGAAGUACACCUGGCUCUGGUAGAGCUCCCUCUUCAAGGACCAACCCCAGGCAAGGUGGAUACAAAGAGAGCCGUCCCAACUACCAGCAUGAAGAGGAAAAUGCUUCACACACACCUUCAGAGCGUAGACAAGAUUAUGGUGGUUACAGAACACGACAUACAGAGCAUGUCCCACCGCAGCCUAGAGAGGCUUCUCCUGAAGCACCAGCUCCCACAAAAGCUGAACCAGUAGUGGAGAAACAGUUGGCAGAACCAUCACCACCUCCUGUGGAUCGACCAGUAGAGAAAAAGUCCUACUCUAGGGCACGGAGAAGUCGUAUUAAAGGGGGGGAAACAGGAAAAAGUAUGGAAGAAACACUCCCUGAACUACCUCCUCCUCCACCACCAAUGCUCCCUGUGAUGGCUACAGAGAUCUCCCCUCCUGCCCCUGCUGUAAAAACUGCUGGCUGGGAGCAUCCUGUAGAGGGAGGGGUGCCUGGACUGGAUCAAGAAAUGUCACAGAUGAAUCUAUCCGAUCAGAACUGGAGCCAAGGACAAUCUCCAUAUAUUUCAAACCGCGGUAUUCCUAACCAUAUGCACAUGGCUGGAGGCCCACCGCAGUAUAGCCGCAUGGAAGGCAUGACGGUCCAGAGCGGACGUGUUAAGAGGUAUUCUUCUCAACGGCAGAGGUCUGUACCAGAACCGGCACCCAUUCACCUUGGAAUCAUGGAGGGGCAUUACUAUGACCCAAUUCAGUACCAGGGACCAAUAUAUGCUCACGGUGACAACCCAUCUUCCUUGCCCCCUCAGGGUAUGAUUGUACAGCCAGAAAUGCAUCUGCCCCACCCAGGAAUGCACCCACACCAAUCACCUGCUCCCAUGACCACCCCAAACCUUUACCCUUCACCAGUUUCCCUCCCUCCAAAUCAACCACCCCCUCAGCAGCUGCUGCCUCCUCCAUACUUCACUACACCUACUGGAGUGAUGAAUUUUGGAAAUCCAGGCUAUCCUUACAACCCUGGUGCCCUUCCCCCUCCACCACCACCUCAUAUAUACCCCAAUGCACAGGCCCAGUCCCAGGUAUAUGGGGGAGUCACCUACUAUAACCCUGUACAGCAGCAAGUACAACAGAAGCCUUCACCUCCCAGGCGUACUUCACAGCCAGUAACUAUAAAGCCACCCCCUCCAGAGGAAAACAGACAUAUGAAAACAAUAGAGAAAAACAAUUCAUAAAUAUAGACUGUUCAGCCAGAGGGAUCACUCUGGACCAAGAAGACCCUCGUCUCCCCUAUUUCUUUGUGAAUGAAGAACAGAUUCCAUCUUUAGUGCCGUGUACAGACCAAUCUAACAGAUUUUUCUUCCUGGAAAAUCUAUUGACCAGAAGGGGCUAACAUUCACCAAAUCCAUUGUUUUGUGUUUUGAGUAACAUUAACCGAAAUAUUACCUGGGACCUUGAAUAGACGGUUUGAAAGACUACUGUUUGGUUUAACUCCUUCAGAGAUGGAGGUGCCUCCUAACAAGUGUUAACCCUUUCACAACUAGAAUAACCAGUAACCUAUUGUUUGACUUGUAUAACAGCACAAAGUGUUACAUGCCUGUCUAGCUGAGAAAGGGUUUUUUUUUUUUGUCACCCAGUCUUGUUCUUUACAUUUUCUUGACCUAAACACACUGUGAUGGCUUUUUUUUUUUUUUGUUCUGUGUGUUUUUUAUUUUGGUUUUUCCUUCUUAAAAUAUGUAUUUUUGUGAACAACUAAAAUAUGUUAAUAAAAACUUAGUGAGGUUUUCUCCA